AUGCCUCAAGACGAAGACAGUAAUAUUUCAAAGUCAGUACAAGAAGACCAUGCUCCAUCAAUCUCUAAAAAACGCUGUGCAACUCUUUACGAUGCCGUUGCUGGGCGGGUGUCAACUGAGCAUUUUACCGGCGCACCUGCUCUGAACGAUUUCGAUAGUCUACCAAGCACGCGUACCGCUCUUCGACCAGAGGAAGUCCUAUUUCGCCGACUGCACGCGCCUGUGCGGUACGAAGAAGAUGAUAUAUACUUUGCCAAUCGACAUCUCCCCCCUGAUCAGACCCUACCAGAUUCGGAUUUGCUAAAAACGCUCCAUACAUAUACCUCAGACCUUUAUGCUAGUAUGACUUCAGAUAAUGGCCACGCAGGCUGGUUGAGUAUGGACGAAACUGCUCUCAUUGCACUAGGGAUUCUGCUGGAAGAAACUGCCACCGAGGCCCUGGGAGAAACCGGCGACAUGGUGUUUGUUGAAGGGGAAGAGGUGACUGAUGGUGAAGCAUCUGGUUAUGAAUCGGAGGCCAAAUCCUUGUCUAAGGGACGCUCUAUAUCAGCUUCGCCCUGGCCCGUGGAUGAAGAUACUAAAAAAGCAAGGGAAAAAAGUGAAGAGAUCUCGGCCAACGAAGAGAUAAUGUACAGUAAUCCGGCAGAAGAACGAUUUCUUUCAUUCUCAGACACAAUGGGUCCACCGAAAUCUCUUCCACCUGCUGCCAAACAAGCACUGAUCUUGGCUCAUCUCCGCUCGACACGGACCUGCCACACGCUUAAAGACCUUGAAAAAAUGCUUCCAUCUGUUGCAUCCAUUAAUGCUAUGCAAGUGAAAGACUAUAUCCAAGCACUAGCAGACGACGGUAAAAUACACGUUGAGAAAAUUGGCAGUGGAAACUGGUAUUGGGCAUGGGCUGGGGAGGAAAGAAAAGCGCGUGAGAAGGUACGGAAUGCAUUAGCCAGCGACUUGGAAAAGGUCAAUAAGUCAGUCUCCGAUUUAGAGGGCAAAGUCUCUCAAGCAAAAGAGGAGGCUGGAUUUGGCCAAGGUGCAGAGGAGGAGGCAGAACGAGCUGGACUGCUGUUAAAAAAGCAAGCCUUAGAUGCAGAGGUUUCGAGCCUAAACAGGGAACUGGAUCAGUAUAUAAAUGGUAGAGCUGGUGGAGGGGUUGAUAUGAUGGAGGCUGAUAUUAAGCGCUGCAAAGGGGAAGCUGAGACGUGGACGGAUAACAUUUACAUUCUGGAGGAAUACUUGAAGAAACUCACUGGUGGUGACAGGGAAAUCCUCGAGGCAUUGCAGAGAGAAUGCUUUGGUACUGAGUACAUCGAAGGUGAAGGAUUGCGUGAGUUGCAACUAUGA